GACUCGUAAACAAGCUCGACAUUAUUGUCGUUCAUACAUAAUGUACUCGGGGACAAUGCAUCAGGCGCAUGAUAGUGACGUAUCCUUGGCGCACUCCUCUCCUCCGGGGUAUAUUAGUAAGAUUACAAUGUGAGAGCGCUCAGUGCAAGCCGCGCCGCCGUCCGCCGAGCCGUCGCCGCCCACGCCGUGCCGCGCCUCAACCUCACCGACUCCUACUUUAUUCACAAACGAUAUGAGGGAGACCAACGGAUACGUGAUGAGCGAGCGGCUGCAGAGCCGGCGACAGUCGGUGCCCGUCAUAUACGUGCGCGGUUCGCACUACGAUGUCGGAUUCGACGUGGGCCGCACCUUAGGCGCCCUCAUCAAGACCUACAUCGCUACCUCCGAGACGCUGCGCCAACUGGAGCGGGAGUACAAGACCGACGCUGGCCGGCAAGCGUAUGAGAAGACGUUGGCGAACAUGAAGAAACGGUUCCCCUACUACGUAAAGGAGAUCCAGGGUGUCGCCGAGGGUGCCAACGUGGCUUUCCAUCACCUGUUUCUGCUACAACUGGACGACAUAAUCCUGACGAUCAACGACAACCAUGUACCUCGAAAUGACACCGGCGGCUGCAGCUCCGUCGCUUUCAAAAACGAACACAAUAUCAUCCUGGGACACACGGAAGACGCCGCCACGGAGAUACUGAACCAUUUCUACAUCAUGUCAGCUCACAUAAUCCCCACUAAGGAAGACAGGGAACACGGGGCAGUGGAAGAGCGAUUCACGUCCCUGUGCUACGCAGGACAGAUGCCCGGAUACACCAUGGGCUUCAACCAGAACGGGCUAGUGUUCUCCAUCAACACCCUCAGCCCGCUACUUCUCAAACCUGGCAAUACACCUCGCACAUUCAUCACCAGGAAACUGCUGACAGCAAAGAACUUCAGAAAUGCUGAGAAGAUUCUCCGUGACGAGGGGCUCGGCAUCGGCAACGGGUUCUCCGUCAACAUGCUGUGGUCUGACGCGUGGGGCGACGUGCAGAUCUACAACGUAGAGGUGGCUCCCGACCUAAAGGCGGACCGCUCCAUCAUCGGCGUCAGGAAGUUUGAUAAGGACCCGCUGGUGCAUUGCAAUAAGUACGAGCACCUGAAGGUGACAGAAGUAACGGGCCCCAUCAUCGCGAGCAGCAACUCCCGGCUGAAGGCCAUUCGAAGCCACCCAACGCCGGCUUCAAAGGAAGAUGUCUGCAGCAUUCUGUCCGACACCACCAGCAAGGAUUUCCAAGUCUUCAGCCAGGAGAAGGAUGCCUUUAUCAAGACUAUUGCCGCUGCUAUAUUUGACGUGGACAAGCGCACUUGGAGCAUCUACAUCGAUAAACCCGAAGAGUCCGAGCCGGUGGCAGUAUUGCCCAUCAGGUUCGCCAAUUUCUACGCUGAUUAAACCAAAUCACCUUCAAUAAGUAGAGUUAGAUAUACCUCAUGAUUAGACUAGGAUCUGGUGAAAUCUAGCUUAGAUGUGAUGACACCAGUGGUAGCUUGAGGAUUUCCUUUUACAUAUUAUAUUUACAUUUGUCAUUCGGCUUUAAAAUUUAAGUUAAUGUAUAAGUAACAAAGCUGUGUUUAGAACAACUUGAAAAAGUAAACACGAUACAUUUUAUAUAUUUGGUAUUUUUAAAAGUAUUGUCCGAUAUAAAAUCCAAACUCCAAGUUCAAAUUAACCAAUUAUUUGUUAUCUUCCAAUAUAAUAUCAGAUUUCUCUAAGCUACUACUGGUCCCAUCACUACAAUAUAUUAAUUUAAGUGCAUUUCAUAUUAAUUAUUAAUAUUUUGUGUUAGUAAUUAUAUAACUUUUAGUGCUUUAACGAAUAUCGAAUUUACAUUCUUAUUCACUAAUUGCGCAUUUUUCCCAUUCGCAAAUUGUAAUAAAUUUAGUGAAUUUCGUUUUGAAUAAACUAAAAAUUAGUCAAUUCAUGUAAUUUGCCAUUAAUUUAUUGAAAUUAUUCAAUAUCGGCUUUAUGUUAUAUCCCGGAUAUUUAUCAGCGCACGAUCAAACUAAUAUUUGUGACCGUAUAUUUAUGUCCUUAAUAAGUAAAAUUAUUCUCGCAUUCGCAAAUAAUAACGAUGUACAUUCGCAUUCUGCGCUUUAUAUUACAAUAUAUAAAUCCAUUAUUCUUUAGAUGAGUAGUCCUCGUGUAAGUAUGUGCUAUAUUCUACAUUAUUAGUAUCAUCCUUUAGCGGCAUGUUGUACGAAAUUAGGUAAUGUGUGGAUUAAAUUAGUUUAAUUAAGUAAUAGUAUAACUAACCCGGGUGCUGAUUCCAUUAGUAUCGUAUGCUGCUCCUUCACUGAACUCGAGCAUCCCACCCAACUUGAGACCUUCCUCGGGCCAAACGGUCUUGAGCAAUCGUUCCAUGAAUUUUCGACAGACAAGUUACGGCGUUGAAUAUGCAAUAAUUUCUCUAAAAAUAUUUUUUAUUUUUUUUGUAAUUUUCAUGACCAAAAUAUUCCUUAUUAAAUUGUCUAUUUAAUAAUAUUAGUUGCAAAUAGCAAUUGAUGUGUACUUUAGAAAGAGAUGUACGGAAUCAAUAAUUUCAUGGCCUUUUUAUUGUGAAAUUAAUUAGACAAUAUCCACAUUAAGUAUACAAUAUUUGAAACAACCAAAGUAAAGAUAACAUUAUUGUAGAAAUACAUGUGUUUAAUUAUUUCUCUAUGUUUUAUAAAUUUCGAGCAACCUGCUUCCAAAAAUACGGCUGUCGCACCGUUUUGCUGGGCAAAGCGUCUUAAAGCGUGCUAAUCUAAAUACCAACUACCAAAAUAAAAAAAAAUCAUGGAUGAAAAGCGAAAUGCUGCGGAUAUAUUUGGCGUAAUAACAAAUCUAGUGUUGUCGCUUGAGACAACAUCUACGAGAAGUAAAAAUGCUAUCUAACUACAUGCAAAUGUAUACCGCUAUAUACAUACUGAUUCAUUAAACAUCAAUAGAUUUGGGCUUGCAUUUUUUACUACUGGACCUACGCUAGACUUCUUAUUUUUAAAUAUUUCUCGCCAUAGAUUAACAUCCACAAAUGAAAUUGGCACCCGGUGCUUGUAGAUUAAUAAUUAAAAUAAACAUUUAUAAAUGUUUAAAUUUCAUUAUGGCUGUUUAGAUUUAAGACUAAAAUGCACUGUGACUCUAGUGUGAAGUUGACUGUUAACUAUUUAUAUACCCAUAUAUGCAUAACUGCGAAGGGUAAGAGUGGGGUUUGCUCACACUACAAACAUCUUGUUCCCCCUUUUAAAAAGACUCAGGCUUGCAGGGGUCUCUGUGGAAGGUGCUUUCAUUGAAAUCGUGUUUAUGCUACUGUCAGCUGCCCUGCAAGAAAAAAUGCUACGUCAAUAAAUAACUAGUGCAAAUAUUGUGCACUAUGAGACAACAUCAGACAUCUCAUGACGAGCGCAGUUAAGUACCAAACGGGUUCUUGCAAUUGAAAAUGUUAAGCGAUGUUGCCACUUUUAUAGUAUUAACGGUAGCACCAAAACAGCCGGUCUUAAUAUCCCACUAACAGAUUAUCUACCAUCAAUUGGAAUGCUUAUUUUUGGUAGUUAUAUCGUUACUAUAAACUAAGAUAGAUAAGGAUACUUUAUCCGUGAACUUUGGCUAUCUAUCGGAGGGUCGAAUAGUGUCACUGUUGUGUUUCGUUUUUGCCAAAAUUAACAUAGAGCUAUUGAUCAUCGUUAUAAUAAUCUAUGCAGUAUGUUACUUAAAUAGCUUUAUGUAAAAUGCAAUGUAAUAAUAUUAAAAAUAAUUAUAAUGGAAAACAUCAAAGUAUUAAAUAUUUUUUAAAACAUAACUUUACUAGUACGCUUUUCGGUAGCCCUUUAGUCAAAGGGCCGUAAUCCCAAACGUACAAUGUCAUCUUGUGUAAUUCUCAUAACCUCUUUUGCACCGUCACAGGCAAACUCACACUAGAGAUAUUGUUGUUGUUAAUUUUAAUACGAACAGAGGCGCAGGUAAUCCUAGUUUCUUGUUAAUACAUUUUAUAUUAUUUUUAAACAUCUGCUUUGCUCACUACAUGAUUAGAGAUGUGUAUCCUACGAAAAUGCUGUUCGUUUUCACCAACAUGGUGACCUUACGUUGUCAAAUACAGCUCUUAGAAGUUACGUUUCACCAAUAAUAAAACGAAGCCACGUAGAUGAAAGCGAGGUAUGAAAUUAACUAUUACAGAUGGAGUAUUGAGUUAUUCUUUUUCCAAAAAGCAGUGGCCGUUAAUGUCUUAAUGUUGGUGAAUAUGCACAAGUUGGGAUACACUAGAUUACUUAUAGAAAGGUAUUGUUUUUCUAUUUUUAUGUUAUAGUUAUGAUAGUUGUAAUGCCCAGUAGCUAACAUCAGGUUAGCCUCCGGUGGCCAUCAUAGUUUAAUUGGAAAUCUACUACUUAAAUACUAUACGUUAGAACUACGCGUAGUUUAUCAAAUGUCAUAGAUAUAGAUAUUUAGAUAUGUCCUUGAGCCUAGUAGAUAAUAUCUCCAUGGAUAUAUCUGACCAGACGUUGAUUUUAGUAAUGAGUCCACUGUCAACUGUGUUCAGCUUGCUUUUUUUAGUUUUACGUUAAUAACGUCACUCUGUGGUUGUUUCUCUUCUCGUAGUUAUCAAGUCUGUUUUCAUCAACCUUUUCUUAUACGAAGUAACAAUACGUUACAAUAGUUCUUUAAAGUAAUAAUAUUAUGGUCUAAAUUGUUAUGGUAGUAUAUUUGUACUCGCCCGGAUACCGACCGCCGUAUACAAAGUAAAAUCCGCUUUAGUGACCCAUGAAGAUGUGUCUCGUCCCAGAAUGUGUAUAUCCGGUUUCAAAAACGCCGGCACUAUUGUGUUGCUAGCGAGGGUUAACCAUCGUUCGUUCAUGUCUAGACCCCACUCCACUUACCACCAGGUGCAGUGUGGUUGGUCAUUUUGCCAUGCGAAUAUAAAAGAAGUCAAGAUAAAGGUUGAUGAAAGCAGGUGUUCGCGUUGCGGGUUUUAGUUAUCGUCCUUUUUCAUUGUUUAUAGUUCUUUGUUAUUGUUUAAAUGUGUUCUACAAUAGUUUUUGUUCGUGGCCCCGCCCGCGUUUAUGUUCGUUCAUCAAUAAAUAGUAGCGUAUAGUACUCACAGACAAUUAGCUUCAUAUUAGUGAAAAACAAAUUCAAAACCGUAACAGUAGUUAUAAAGAUAACCCCCCUCUCCCCACUUCUAAACUAACAAACAAACUUUACCUCUUUAGGCGUAAUUUUAGUAUAGAUUUAUGUUUUAACGAGCAGUGCAAAACGUCCAUUACGUUCUAUAAGACUAUAAUAUUUAGUAACUGUAGAUGAAAUUAAAACAUGUUGAAUAGGAUGCAAGGAAUAGAUAGAUAUGAAAACUAAAUUGGGGUGAUAACCAGAUGAAACGAUUUAAAUGUAAAAUUAUCGGUAAAAAUACGUAAUAAUUAUAACUACUAAGUACUCUAUGAGUUCUUUAGUUAAGUAGCUCCAUCUGGUAAUUAUUUCUGUAUUAAUAAACGAACCUCACCUUUGAGUAGACUCUUAAGUAGACGCUUAAGGCAUUGAAAUAUUUAAUAAACAAAACUUGAGUUGUCGUUUGCGCGCCUGUCAUAACCAACUCGAUGCUGUUUAAUAAAAAAAAUCAGCUGUCAAAAUCCGUCACACACUGUGACGUAAUAUAUCAUUUGAGGUGUUAUUGAUAUGUGUUCAGACAUUAUCUUAAGAAGCUGGUUCUAACUUGAUCGUGCUUCAGAACGGAACUGAGUUGAAUCUGUUAAUAUAGCCCUUAAUUUAGUUUCUUUCUCGCCUUAAAUAUCGUUCACUCUAACGUAUUUACACUUAAAAAAUACGAAUUGGCAACCGAACCUAUAAUUAUUUAUUUUUUUAUUUAUUUAUUUGAUUCGGUCUACCAACGGCUUUUACAAUAUUACAUGCUAUUACAUUUCUUAUUAUAAAUAAAUCUUAACUAAAAAUAACAAGCCAACUUAUAGGUAAACACAGCAUGCGAUAAAAUAAUGUUGUUACUUAAAACUAAAUGACAAUAUCGAUAGAAUACAAAAUUGCUCUUAACCAAAACUAAAAGUUAAACAAUGCCUGAACGCUCAACAUGCAUGCAUUAUAGCGUAAUAGGUAGAUUUUUUAAAAUUAUUUUGCUCUUUAUUUAAAAAGUAAUUUUAAGCUUUAAUGUUUGUGUGCGUGAAUGAAAAAUGCGUGGAUAUUUGAGUGUCUGUGUGUGCGUUUGGAUAUGUUAGAGUACGUGAGUAUAAAUGUUUACUUGACUGUAUGAGAGUAUAGUGUGCAUGUAUGUGAGAAACGAGAACAAGAGUGUAUAUGUGUGAGUAGAUGUUAGUAGGUGUUUUUGUUUUGUAUUUUAACAUUAAAUAUUUGUGUUUAAAGUAUUAACCAAAAGAAUGCUAUGUAAGUUAGUUCGCCGAUCGACAGGACUUUUAAAAAUUCUACGUGUUUUUCCACGUCAUAAUCACCAUUUUAAAACUCUAUAUCUACAAUUUUAAAUGGCAUGUCUAAAUAUAUAUAUCUAUGGCAUUAUUUAGUUUUCAGAUUACUAGAGACUAGACUGUCGCCUAUAAUAUUGUAUUAUUCAUGUGCAUGCAAUAGUACUUAAAUAACAUUAUGUAUUAAGGGUCGGUGCACACUGGGAUAUCCCGUUUACGACAGCUUUUUCUAAAAUUCUCGAAACGUGGAUGCCUUGGUUCCAUAUCUUCCCUUUCGGGGAUAAAAAUGUGAUGUGUGUUUUUAUUUUUAUUUUUACCGAAAUACGGUAGUGUUUAGAACAAAUUUUUGCUCGCAGCUGCGCCUCCAAGCCGCUAUAUUUUUUUUAUAUCUCAAUAUAACUUAUUAAAUUUUCUAAAAACCGAGUAAAUAUUUUUAGAAAUUGUUUGACAGUUGGAGGCAUAAAUUAAUAAAGAUAAAAUUAUAUUACGAGGAUGUUUUGUGCCACUAGGAUUUGACAGUAAUUACUCUUCGAAAUUGCAAUAUACUUUUAAAUGUAAGGAUCAAUAAUAGUAAUCAGCCCUUGGACCAAAACAUCAGUUUACAACGUACCCUCUGUCAGUACUCAGUGUGCGAUAGGGUAAUAUUAAAUACGUAUAAUUAUAAUUUAAUAAGGAAGUGAAUGCACUAUCGACGGAAGUUUUGUGAGAGCAUAGCUGUAUUCACUCCCUAUUCUCCUUUCAUGUCUGUUCACCCCUUUAUAUUUCUCUUUUAUAUCAACAUCUUACGUUGGAUAGAAACAACCAAUGUUUAUGUUGUCUCCUUUCAAUACUAAAGUAUUUUAUUAUAAGACAUAGUUACAAGUAUCUUAAUUUGAUUUGUGUUUUAUAGAAUUAUUAUUUUGAUAUUAUUAAGUUUAUUACGCUUUAAGGACUAAAUUAGUAUACAUUUGUCUUUAAGUGAAAUGUCAUAGCAAAAUAAAACACGGUAUACAGUAACGGACGUAUUCAACGUUUUUAGUAACACGGUAAAGUUUUGGUUGUCUAAGUUGGUUACUCUGUCUUAUUUUCCGAGCACUUUGAAUAUUUUGCCCCUUAUUAUUCUACUUAUAAAGUAAAAAAAAGAACUAAAAGGUAAUAAAACUUACCAUUUUUAAAUAAUCUAUAAAGAUUAUUCCAUAACACAUCAAAUAAGACAGAGAGAUCAAACCAAUGAUUAGUUAAGAUUAUUUUUAAAUAUCAUGUAGUAUAUAGCAUAGUUGUAGUACAGCUAUUUUGGACUUGAUAAAUAAGGUUUUUAGUCGUGUUUAUCAACUAACUUGGACCUAUGACGGAGACGCCGUCAACUAAAUCAGAACAAUUUUCCAAAGUCCUUUUGUCGGUAAAAACGACUGUAAAUCGACAUUAUCGAGUAUUAAAUAAAUAUUUGUAUGAAUAACUAAGUUGGGUAGAUAAGUAGAUGGCGCCCCGCAGUGCCUUUGAGUAUCGUAGUGUUGUUAUACCAAAUAUGUCUUGCCUUAUGUAUCAUUAGUAUAGUUUGAAGAAAUAAAUAAUAAAAGUUA